UUCAGUUAGUUGUAACUUAACUUGUCAUCUUCUCAAUGUUAAGCUAGUCAAAUUCGGUAAAGCAUGUUUUCAUUUUUCAUCUUAUUUCUUUUGUUAAUUGGAGUUUUAAUAUUGUUGUCUGCUAUUAAUAAAUCAAUAGGAGCAAGAAAAUUAUACGUUCAGUUGUUGUUGAAAAUUUUCGAGUUUGGUCGAGCAAAUAUUGAAUAUUCCCAAAGAGAUUUAUAUAACUGCCCUGAAAAAUCCAAAGAAAGAGAUGAAGAAAAAACGGCGAAAGCUAUUGAAGAACACAAUGGAGAUAUUACUAGUAAUGGAAACAGUGUAAUCAGUCGGGACAAUGUUCUGCAACCAGUAGCAGAAAAGGAGUCAUUUUCAAACAUUCAACUAGAACCUAAAAACGUACAGGUUUCCUUCCAACUAGAAAAGUGUUUAACCUAUGUAAAAGCAGGAGUCGAAGCUAUUAUUGAGGACCAAGUAACAUCUCGAUUUGAAGCUGAAGAACUAAAAAACUGGAACCUGCUAACAAGAACAAAUCGCCGUUAUGAAUUUAUUUCAUGGAAGUUAACAAUAAUUUGGAUGAUUGGAUUUUUUGUGCGCUAUAUUAUUCUGAUGCCUUUGAGAGUUAUUGUUUGUUUCAUUGGAGUCUUGAUAGCUAUUCUAACAAAUUGUAUCGCCGCGUUGAUACCGUUUUAUUUUAUUCGCCAACCAGUAGCAAGUCUUUGUUAUAAACUAACUUUUCGAAUAUUCGCGCGAUCAUUGUCAUGUGUGAUAACAGAACAUAAUGAACAAUAUAAACCUAAAAGUGCAGGUUUUUGUGUUGCAAAUCACACUUCUCCAAUUGACAUUGCAGUUCUAUCUACAGAUUGCACGUUUUCUUUGGUUAUUUGGCUCACAGUGUGUACGUCUGUUGUUGGAUGUUUACCUGAGGGAGACAAAAAACGGGCAAUUGUUCAUGAUGUGCUUGGGCAUUGCUUUUCAUUAUUAUCGAGCGCGAUAUCCGCUGUUGUUUACUAUCACAAUAUUGAAAAUCGUCCAAAUAGUGGAAUAUGCGUUGCGAACCAUACAAGCCCCAUUGAUGUUCUUGUCCUAAUGUGUGAUACAACAUAUUCUUUGAUUGGGCAAAGACAUGGUGGGUUCUUAGGAUUACUGCAAAGAGCCCUUGCUAGAGCAUCUCCACACAUAUGGUUUGAGCGCGCUGAAGUUAAGGACAGACAUACUGUGGCCGAGCGUCUACGACAGCAUGUGUCCGAUCCAAAAAAUCCUCCGAUAUUAAUUUUUCCUGAGGGGACAUGUAUAAAUAAUACAUCUGUGAUGCAAUUUAAAAAAGGCAGCUUCGAAGUUGGAGGCGUCAUAUACCCAGUUGCAAUUAAAUAUGACCCUAGGUUUGGAGAUGCAUUCUGGAAUAGUUCAAAAUACUCCAUGAUGCAAUACCUUUACAUGAUGAUGACGUCGUGGGCAAUUGUUUGUGAUGUUUGGUAUUUACCACCAAUGUAUCGUCACGAAGGAGAAUCAGCAAUAGAUUUUGCAAAUCGAGUAAAAAGUGUGAUCGCCAAACAGGGAGGACUGGUAGAUUUAGUUUGGGAUGGGCAGCUCAAAAGAUUGAAACCAAAAAAAGAAUGGAUUGAAAUGCAGCAGGUCGAAUUUGCGAAGAGCUUAAAAAAUGACUGAUACACUUUUAAAAUAUUACAUUAAAAUCCCUUGUAUAGUUCUCAUAUUAUAAAAAUAUUCCCCGUACUUUCUAAAAUUAUAAUAUGAAUAAAAUAAAUUUGUAAAGGUCACAA